UUAACCAUAAUAAAAAGCCGUUUAUCAGUGGAAUAUCCAUUUCUCUACCUUUUCAAGUAAUUUGGUUUCAAAUGAGCAAAGACAUUUCCAAUAUACCAUAUUUUAUUUUCAGUUUAAGCUAGCAAUAGCUAACUGUAGUGCUCUUAAGGAGUGACAGGUGACAGGCACACAUACAGAGGGAAGGUCACAAUCGUUUGCUUUUCCUGAGGGUCUGACUGCCAUGCUUCAGAUGAACUCCACAGGAGAAACUGAGCCAGAGGACACCAGCAAACCCUCCAGCAGUGCCAGAACUCUUGCUUUGACUGUGUGCUCUGCUGCCAUCGGAGGCACCUUCCAGUAUGGGUACAACAUCUCAGUCAUUAACGCUCCCACCAACCACAUCCAGGGUUUCAUUAAUGAUACCUAUAUGGAGCGCUGGGGCACAGGCUUGGACACACCCCAGGUGACCCUAGCAUGGACUAUUAUCGUAUCAGCCUUCUCACUGGGAGGUUUGCUAGGGGCCCUGCUAGCAGGGCCUAUGGCAGUCCGCUUUGGGAGGAAGAACUCGCUGCUUCUGAACAACUCCUUUCUGUUUGUUGGUGCUGUGUUUGUGCUAAUGAGCAGAGUGGCAAAAUCAUUUGAGAUGAUCAUCUUCGCUCGAUUUCUAGUGGGGAUUAACUCAGGUGUCAGUAUGAAUGUCCAGCCUAUGUACUUUGGGGAAAGCGCCCCCAAACACCUUCGAGGUGCUGUGGCGUUUUCAUCCGCCGUUUUCACUGCAUUUGGGAUUUUCUUGGGUCAGGUUGUGGGACUCACUGAGCUGUUGGGAACAGAGCCUCUCUGGCCCUACUUACUAGCUAGUAACUCUUUGCCAGGGUUGAUCCAGCUGCUCACCCUACCCUGGUUCCCUGAAAGCCCCAGAUACCUUCUCAUUGACCGGGGAGACAGGGAGGCAUGUGUCCGUGCGCUUGGGAGACUCCGUGGUGGGGAGGCUCCUGUCUUGGAGAUGGAGGAGAUGCUUCAGGAGCAGCAGCAGCAAGAAUCCACAGCCUUAAAUUCUGGAUGUGCACCAUCUGCCAAGACACCGUGGUCUCUCUUUAAGGAUCGUGGCCUGCGAUUCCAGCUCAGAACGGUCAUGGCUGCUAGUAGUGCCAUGAUGCUCUGUGGCAAUGACUCGAUCUACUUCUAUGCUUCCUACAUCUUUCUCGAGGCAGGGAUCCCUCCAGAGAAAAUCCAGUACGUCACUAUUGGCACUGGGGCAAGUGAGCUAACUGCGUCUAUAAUGAGUAACCUCCUGAUUGAACGAGUGGGCCGCAAGUAUCUUCUUGUUGGAGGAUACAGUCUUAUGUCUUGCUGGACUGUAGUCUUUACUGUAGCUCUCACACUCCAAAGCCGUGAGGUCGCGGGGAUGCCCUACCUCAGCAUGGCAUGUGUGUUCGCUUACAUCCUUAGCUUUGGCUUGGGCCCUGCAGGCGUGACAGGGAUCUUACCGGCUGAGAUCUUUGACCAGUCGGCUCGGCCGGCAGCAUACAUGGUUGCUGGAUCGCUCAUGUGGAUCAACCUGUUCUUGGUGGGAAUGUUGUUCCCCUUCAUCGUCAACAGCCUGGGGAACUUCUGCUUCCUGCCAUUCUUGGCUGUGUGUGUGGUGUCUGCUGUGUUUUUGUGGCUCACCUUACCAGAGACAAAAGGCAAAACGCUGGCUGAGAUCACUGCAGAAUUUGAUAGAAAGAAUGGAGGGAAGGAGGAGAGGCCGGACGGGCAGUUGGAUGAGCCCAUAAAGGAUCACUACCAGCUGGGUAAAGCCUGCUCCUUCACUAAUCUAACGCAAGAUCCUGACCCUGGUCUUAAGAAUGGGGACUGAAAUUUGAUAUUGUCCAGUAAGAGUAUAAGUGACACAGGCAGUGCCUUUGUGGUCACUUUAUGCGCUUUCAGAGUUGUAAUCUGAAGUUUUAUUUGUGAAAGAUGAUCUCUGCGUAAUGACUGAUAAUUCAAUUUAAUUCUGGUUUCAUGAGUAUUAGGAUGUCCUGCUCAUGCAGAAGUAAUGUAUCUGGACUUAAAGUACUCAAGUAUAACUGAGAGUCAUCUUUUAAGAGACUCUG